AUGGCUACAAGCAUCUCCCCAGCAGAGAGCAGGAGCUUGUGCAGGAAUGGAGAGCCCUGGAUUUGGCAGCUCCUGCGAGGAUGUGCCAGGGAUGUGUGGGAGUGCUGGAGCCUUGUCACAGGGCUCACUGCCAUUGUCUGCUCGCUGCCUGCUGCACUCCCCGAAAUUGUCACUGCUGCUUUUUAUGUGAACAAGGACCUGAGUAUCAUUGUUUACUGUAAGCUCAAGAAUCAGAAGGUGGCAAAAGGCAGUCCCAGCCUGAGGAAUUUGGGCACAGUCUGGAUUGUGGGGUGUGGAGCUCUGAGUGUCACUGCCCUCUGUCAGCUGCUCCUCAGGAAUCACUCUCCUGAUGUGAUUGAAAUGCCAGGUUUCAUUUGGUGCUGGGUGUUCCUGGGCACCAGAUUCCCUCAGCUUCAUAAAAACCUUAGUGGCUUUUUGGCAUUUUUCCAGAGGAGAUGCACAGAGGGCACCUUUUACCUGCUCUUUGCCUUGGCCAUGAUGGGAAACUGCACCUGUGGACUGAGCCUUGCUGUAAAGAUGCCAAACCCCAAAUUCUCCCAGGUCCUCUGCUUUGUUCUCCACCUUCCCUGGCUCCUUGGGAGCUUUGGAGUUUUGUUCCUUGACAUUUUUGUAUCAUUUUCCUGUUACAGCUAA